AUGCCUGCCGCACCUGACAACGAGAUGGGCUCCCCCGUUCCUUCUACUAUCGAGCCUUACGAAGAGUUCACGUACGACGAUGCGACCUGGGUACUGACGGCGGCCAUAGUUAUAUUCACUAUGCAAACUGGCUUCGGCCUCCUCGAGUCCGGCUGCGUGUCGCAGAAGAACGAGGUCAACAUCCUCAUGAAGAACGCCGCCGACGUCAUCCUCGGCGGCCUCACCUACUGGCUGUUCGGCUUCGGCCUGCAGUACGGCACGGGCCACAGCCCCGACAACGAGUUCAGCGCCGUCGGACGGUUCAUGGUCGACGCCGAGACGGACGACAUGGGCCUCGUCUUUUCUAGCUUCAUCUUCCAGCUGUCCUUCUCGACCACCGCAACGACCAUCGUGUCCGGCGCCAUGGCCGAGCGGGCCAACUACAACGCGUACUGCGUCUUCUCGCUGCUCAACACCAUCGUGUACUGCAUCCCGGCCGGCUGGGUCUGGGGAGACCACGGCUUCCUGAAAAAGAUGGGCGCCAUAGACUUUGCCGGGUCCGGCUGCGUCCACUUGCUCGGCGGCAUGUCGGCCCUGGUGGCUGCGGCGCUGCUGGGUCCGCGGCGCGGUCGCUUCGACGAAGCCAGCGAGAAGGCCCAGAUGAGUCGCCCUACUAACGUGCUUCUCGGAACGUUCACGCUUUGGUGGGGCUGGCUUGUGUUCAACUGCGGCAGCUCGUUUGGUGUGAGACAUGACAAAUGGAAGUACGCUUCCAGGGCGGCAGUGACGACGAUUAACGCUUCUCUGGGUGGAGGCCUUGUCGGAGUUUUUUAUACGUACGUAUUCUUCAGAUUUCUCGUCGACGAUAUCGUGAACGCCAUCUUGACUGCCCUCGUCGCCGUCACUGCCGGCUCGGGCUUCUACUCGGCCUACGAGAGCAUCGUGGUGGGCGUGACGGGCGCGCUGUUCGCCUGCUGGGUGCCGGCCGCCCUGGAACGAGUGCGCAUCGACGACCCCGUAGGGGCUGUGGCCGUGCACGCCGUGGGCGGCGUCUGGGGCCUGCUGGCUGUCGGCCUGUUCGCAGACGCCGACUCGCUGCUACGCUUGACGUCGGGCCGCAGCGGGCUCUUCAAGGGCGGCGGCGCCUACCUGCUCGGCGUGCAGGCACUCGCGGCGCUCUGCAUCGCCGCCUGGAGCCUACUCACCUCUUACGUCUUGCUAAAGGGCAUCUCCUACGUCAUGCCCAUCCGCAUGACCGAGCUGGAAGAAGCGCUGGGCGCGGACCUGAUCGAGCACAACAUCAGCUACCCCGAAUACAACUACGACGCGGUGCUGGCCCAUUUCCACGGUCGGGGCGUCGACGUGAGCGGUGUGCCUUCGAUCAAGCACCGCGGAGACUGGGACCGGCGCAUUUUUGACGAGUACCUGCUAGGCGACAGGGGUGACGGAAUUCCAAGACCGAACGGGAGACUGGCGGCCUACGUCACUAACUACGUCAGGGAAAUGCCGCGAAAGUUCGGCGCUCGCACGUGUGUCAUUGUCUGA